AUGAUCUUGAGGUACAUCCAGUAUGACGGGCCUCGGCCAGAUGAAGAAUUUCUUCAGGCGGUCCGUGUCGAAAUGGAAGAGGGGGCCCACUCCAUGCGGCGCGCGCAGGAGUCAGUCCCCGCAGCUCAGGGCUCAGAGCAGCAAGAGCUCGAAACCUGGGAUUCAAUCCUUUGCCUCCCUCAGAUGUAUGGCCUGCAGCUCACGGGCAAGGGCCGGCGGCUUCAGAAAGAAGAGCCGGUGGCGCUGGAGCGGCUGGUCGCCGUGGAUGUAAAUCAGCGAAGCAUUGAUGGCUACACUUCCCUGCAUGUGGCAACCGCAGCAGGCAACGCCGAGAUGGUUUCGCUGUUGCUGGAGUCUCGAGCGGAUGUCUCACUCUCCACCGUUCACAGAUCAGAGCUGCCCAUCCAUUUUGCAGCUCAGGGAGGCUACGACAUCGUGCUCCGGCUGCUGGUAGAGCCAACCAAGGCACGAGGACUUCUGGACGUUGGCACGGUCACUGGCUGGAACGCGCUGCACCUGGCCGUGGCUGGCCAGCACCAGGGUGCCGAGAACUGUUGUGGGAAUGACAGUCUUUAUAUGAGCGGAGGUGAAUCGCAGCCGGAUCACCAGCGGUCGAUCGCUGCCCAGAGUUGUGCCUCAGAAGCUGCCAGACCCAGUCUCGGCCAUCAGCUGAUGCAAAUGAAGAUGGAGACGACGAGCGCUGCCCGCAGUCACUUUAGCCAGCACAUCCGAACUAUGACGGCACUGCCUUUGCGUUGGACAUCGGUCCGUAAAUUUCCAAAGUUGCCGACGCGUCAACCCAGCCGUUGCCAAGAAGUUGGCCGACAUUUUCCAGAGCUGGUAUCUGGGAGCAGCAUGGUCUUGGACACCUAUGAGGCUUACGCCUGCAUGCAGGCAGCGGACACUUUUCUGGUGGACCCUGCAAUUGCCCUGACCGCAGAGCUGGGGGAGCUGAAAGCAGGAUGCAUCAACGUGAAGCCAUGGCCACAGCUUCGCUUCGCCGCGAACGAGACGCAUGCAGAAUUCCUGUACAGGUCAUGCAACGACGAAUGUCGAGCCGAAGCCUGGGAUCAAAUCCCUGUGCGGAUGGUGGGCGAAGACUUGCUGGUGAUCUCAAGUAUGCGCUUUGUCGCCGAGAUGCAGUACCAGCACAUAUUGCUUGACUUUGCCCCGCAAGCGUGGACGGUCCUGAACUUCGUGAAGAAUUCUUCCAGGAAAGUCUUAACGCAUUCUCCAGCGCAAACUCAGAUGCUGCAGACCAUGGGUGUUGAGCCAGCCAACAUCAUGGAAGUGCCCUUUACAGACGGACCAGAUCCAAACUUCCUGCUUUGUGUGGAACCGUCCCGUUCCAUGCACCUUUGGCGGGUGUCUGAUGACGGCCGUACUUUGCCGACCUUCGCAUACGGAGACCGAAGGCCAGAUGCAGAUCUCUGGCACAGGAUGAUCAAUUGGCAGGUUGGCCAUGAGAUUGCGCACUCUGUUGCAAAGCGCUCUGGUUGGGAGGACCUGGCGACAAUGCCAGGGAGGGUGGUGUUCCUGCAGCGAUGCAGUGCUCACCGCCCCAUCAUCAACGAACAAGCUGCUCUUGCGCUCACAAGCCGAGUCUUCUUGGCCAUGAAUCGCUCCGAAGGGGUUCUUUCCAUCUGCCCAGGCCGGAUGGAUUUCCUGGACCAGAUGAGAGAGACUCGAUCAGCACGACUGGUGAUUGGAGAGCAUGGAGGAGCACUGUCCAAUGCGAUGUUUCUUCAGCCGGAUGCAGGUCUGAUUGAGUUUGUGGGAAGCGCGGAAGCUCAUGCUGGACUGUCAGGAUAUUGGCCGCCGUACAAAAGCUAUUGGUAUGGAGGGUCUGGAGCAGCUCUGAAGUUCUUCAGGGCUGUUCUUUACGAGCCGGAUGCAGCAGGAGCAUGGAACAUCCGCCUUGAUGACCUGGAGGAGGCCAUCAAGCGGUGGAUGGCGCAGGAGCCGAUUCGUUCACGGUUAGCCAGCUGA